GGGGCGCUCCUUCCGGUUCCGCUCGCCCCGUCAUGGCGGCGCCCAGGGAGGCGCCGGAGCGGCGGCUUGUCGGGAGGCGCUUCCUCACCGACCCCGCCCGCCUCUUCCAGCACAACGCCUGGGAUAAUGUGGAAUGGUCAGAAGAGCAGGAAGCCAGUGCCAGGAGUAAAGUUCAAGAGAACAGCUCACAGCUAUUGCCACAAGAUAAACAAGAGGAAUAUGAGGUGAAUGCUAAGAGGUACUGGGAUGACUUUUAUAAAAUCCACGAAAAUGGCUUCUUCAAGGACAGGCACUGGCUGUUCACUGAAUUUCCUGAGCUUGCACCUAACAGGAACCCAAGUCAAAAUGGGGAUUCUGUGCAUGAAUUUAGUAACAAAGAAGAAUGCAACAAUGAACAGCUGGGAAUCUGUGAAAAUGGACAUUGUUCAUUAGAAACCAGGGUGGAGAAUCAGUUAAACCUGAGAAAAAGCACAGAGGAGUUGGCUACACAGAAUUAUAGUGAGCUGAAUCAGAGUGAUGGAGUUUACCCAGGAUCAUCGGCGUCUUACCGUGUAUUAGAGGUUGGCUGUGGUGCUGGAAAUACAGUCUUCCCAAUUUUACAAACCAACAAUGAUCCAGGCCUUUUUGUUUAUUGCUGUGAUUUUUCUACAACAGCUGUGGAUCUUGUCCAGAACAAUGCAGAAUAUGAUUCUUCUCGCUGCUUUGCGUUUGUCCAUGACCUGUGUAAUGACCAAAGUCCUUUCCCAAUGCCAGACGAGAGUCUUGACGUGGUUAUUCUUAUCUUUGUCCUCUCAGCAAUUCUCCCAGAGAAAAUGCAAUGCAUCAUUAACAGACUAAGUCGCCUUCUGAAACCAGGAGGAAUGAUUUUGUUACGAGAUUAUGGCCGUUAUGAUCUGGCCCAGCUUCGGUUUAAGAAAGGUCAAUGUCUGUCUGAUAACUUCUAUGUGAGAGGUGAUGGCACCAGAGUCUACUUCUUCACACAAGAUGAAUUAGACGGUCUCUUCACAACAGCUGGCCUGGAGAAAAUCCAGAAUCUGGUUGACCGGCGAUUGCAAGUGAACCGUGGGAAACAAAUGACGAUGUAUCGAGUAUGGAUCCAGUGCAAGUACCGCAAGCGUGCCGCCGCUCAGCUGUGAGGAAACAGGGCAUGCUUUUUAGGUGGAAGCCUCUUCAUGGCCACAUGCAGUGUCUUCUCCUGGUGAGAUGUGGUUUUAUGGAGUUCUGCCCACACAGGACCUCAGUGCCUUUUAUAGUGCCUGGCAUCACUUCAAGUGAGUUUUGCUAAGGACGAACGCUCUAAGAGGAGACCAAGCAGUCUGUGAGAUGUCUUGCUACUGGUCUGAGUUUUUAAAAUUAUUUAUGGUUUUAACAACUUAAGAAAUGGUCAUGCUGUCUUACAGCAGCUGAGCAAGUUGAGUAGUGAGUCACUUACUCCGGAGUUCCACAUGUAACAGGGGAGCUUCGACCUUGCCACUGUGUUGCGUACUCUUGUUUUGGGAACAGAAACCUUGCAAUGGAUAAAUCUGCACAUGUUCAUAUACGUUGAUUGAGGGCAGGAACUGAGAGCAUACUAGUUUCUCUGUGCCAGCUUCCCCAUGGAUGUCUCAUGGUGUGCAGAUAACCUGUGCAGAAAGCAGAUUAUGCUGCUUUGACCUCACCGUCCACAAGGAUGUUAAUCCAGGGAGCUAGCACACAACAGCUCAGGUGCUACAAAUUCGUAUCAGGCAGGGAUCGGGUUUUCAAAGAUUUGGGACUGGUGACAUUUUUGGGACACCUCCAGAGUGCAGAUUAUCACAAGCAGCUCAUGGGACCAGGGUUUACAUGGAAUUAUCUGCUUUUUCUGCUUUAACAGUGAGAAACUCUUCUUGCUGGCUGCAGCCCCCAGGUUAUGAACUGCACUGCCCUGUCAUGGUGGUGUGCUAAACCCAAGUAGAUAAGACACCCGUCUUUGAUAAGAAAUCUGAAGAAUGUCUACUGCUCUUGUUUAAUUUCUUAGAGGAAGCCAACAUUGUGGCUUUCUAAAGGUAUUUCCCCACCUUUGACAGCAAAUGUCUUUUAUCUCAGCUUGUUUUCUUUUGUUAUUUUUAGGGUGUGGUACAACAGGUAUUAGAAUAAAUUUUGUGGUAAUGCUUUUCAGUGCUGGUUUGAUUAAUAUAAAUCAGACUUCCACAGAAACUCACAUGCUUCUGCGCAUCUGAUCUGAAGGAUCUGGGCCACCAUUAAGUAACUACAGUUUUUUUUCCUCUUCUGUUACCAUGAGUCUCACUAGUGCCUGCUCUCAUCUCCCAAGAAGGGAAAGCCUUGGCUGAUAUCUCCUACCUUGUUUUAGUUCAUGAAGCAACAAGGUCUAUUGUGUGUGAACUGCUGGAUGAAGAGCAGUUCAUGCUACACAAGGCAUGUAUAUUUUGUUAGCUAGACACUUGUAUUUGUAGCUUACAGUUGCCUAAGAGUAACAGUCAACGAUAGAGACACGUAGGUUAUGAAAUAACUGCUGUCUCGAAACAGAGGAGAAAGGGUAAAAAGAUGAGGAAAUGUCAUUGCUAUAUCUGGAGAGUCUGCAGUAGUCCUGGGGAGUCAAACCAGGAGCACCCUGAUUUGUAAAGCAUUGGAAGGGGCUGUAGCAAUAGUCCUCCUGGGCAUGUGGGAGCAUCAUCAGUUCAUAACUUCCACAGGGCUGUGUCACCCUGCAGGUAUUAGAAUGUCUGCAACCCAAAGGCUUCUGGGUCAGGGGGUGAGGGCAUUUCAGCCCUUCCCGUGGAAGACUCACCCAGCAAAUCCAUUCACACCCCGAAGGCAGGCUGCAGUGCUGGGAUGGGAAUGGAAAUGCACCAUUGCUUUUUUUUUUUUUAAUAUCUCCCUCUUUUAAAUAAUGUUGAAAGGGAAUCAUGUAACUGGUAAGUGAAUUCUUGUUCAGCUUGUUGCACUAUAUUUUUCUAAAGGGCUAAGAGACUUUUGAGUGUCUGCAAAUGAAAUAGGAGGAGAUGAGGCUUCUUUCUCUCUAAGCACAUUUGGCUUCUGCUGGGCACAAGCCUGACCCAACCCAGCAGCUGUGCAGUCACUGCUGUGUUUUCAUGCUAAACCUACAAAAUCUGGUUCCCUGGCAAGGUUGGUACCUCAGGCAAGGUCUAGGCAAAACACAGCUCAAGGCCAUUGGGAGCUGAGCAAGCUCAUGUCUCCUCAUCUUAUCCGAGCAAAGAGUCAGGCUUAGCAAAAGAAGUCCUGUGAGUAUUUGACGUGGUGUGACUCAUGUAACCAGCUCUGUUUUUUUCAGUGAAAGACCUUCCAUGUGUUAGUGGUGCCUCAAGCAGUUCCCUGGAGUCCUUCCUUCUUGAUCCCCAGAGGCAGACCUCCUCCUGGGAUAGCUUUAUCUCCCUGGAAGAAAAAUCAUUGACUGGGGUAAACAAGCAGCAUAAUUAGCGUGAAUUAAAGUAAUUCGAAAAAUGCCUUAUUAAUCAUCCAAAGGCUUGUAAGCAGCACAGGAAAAUAUGUUUUUAAUUAUAAGCAUGAUUUAUUUAAAGUUGAUGGACUCCCCUUUAAAUUUAAACUCCUGAAUGGGAGAAAAUGAAUGCUGGUAAUUUAUUUGUUUCUACUUUCAAGGCUACAUCCCAGCUGCUUGCCUGGUUUUGACUUGGGCUUCAUGCAAAAACUUGCAGCCCUGUGAGCCUGAAGCCAUUGAAGUGGCUCUUUGCCUUUCUUAAUGCUCUUCAUUCUGCUGGAGUAUUUAAGCAAUCACUCAACGUGAACCAUGCUGGGCAGACAUGCUUUUGCUUCCAGUCCUGUUGGUGGUGUUCAAAAAGCAACAAGUUAAUGGCCUUGAAUUGAGCCAGGCCUCCUACAGACAGAUACUGUCUGAGCUUCCUUCAUUAAUCUCCACCAGCUCCCGUUCUCUCUGAAGCUGCUGCUCUCCUGCGACUCCAGGCCUUGCCUCCCACACAGCUCUGCUCAGGUACCUUGCUCCUGACUUGCAGCACCUUCUGCCAUUCCCACCUCGGGCCUGCUGAGCAGGCUGGGUUGCACAAUGGCUUUCUAGCAUGUUCAAAGGAAAUCUCCAAAUUGACUUUUACUAUAUUGAAAAGCCAGGUUAAAUGUGUUUGUUUUUUCUUUUUUUUUUUUUUCUCUUCCUUUUUUAGCAGUGUAACAUCAGCUUUAAAGCCGUUCUGAAUGUGUCUGCUCUGGUGGUGUUCCCAGCAUUCCAGUCUUGUGGUCUGUGGCUUACAGGCAAUGCCAACGUAGCUUGUCAAACCUCCCAAGCAGAAGAGUUGAUUUCAUAGCCCUUCGGAGGCACUGCCCCUGCAAUUCUGGAGCCAGACAUUGUUACACUUCGGAAAGUCUGGUCCUGACUCUUGCCAGAGGAUGGUAGAUUUCCUUGGAGGUUCGUAGAUUGUUUUGGCUGGAAGGGAACUUUAUCAUCGCCUAUUCUGACCCUUUCAAUAACCCUUUCAUGUAGGGAUUAUACCAUCAAGCCUGUGACUUGGGCUGAGCCAGAACUAGUCCUUCAGAAAGGCUUUCAAUCCAGCCAUGGUGCUGAGGGCUCCAGAGAGUGGCAAAGAACCCUUUGGCUCCCCCGGUAAAUUGUUCCUCUCAUGGCGUCCUGGUUUCACAGAUUGGCUAGAAACUGGGAGGCAGGAAGGGAACAGGAGAGGUAAAGAGAACAAGAGGCUGAGGAGUAUUUUGGAUACCAUCACUUCAAAAAUAAAUACAUUGUAAAUUCCACUGAAAAUUGGAGUUUUCUCAGGAUCUUUCUGACAGGAAAGUGGGAAACAUCCUUAGUGAUUUUUAUUGUUACAAUGUGCUGAUCAGAAGCAUGUGAGACCAGACACAAUUGUCUUCUCUCCCAGAUACUUCAGCUCCACCUUCUCAGGGUAGGGUAUGUCACCACCAUUUCUAAUUCUGUAGUUAGUUGUAGAGCUCCAGAAUAAAUGAGACCUGAUUAUUUUCAAUAAAACAGAGGUGUGAGCAGAAGGAACCUCUGUGUAUGUGUGCCAGCGGCUUUUGGCAUUACAUCGUAACUAAAGCUGGAAGAGCUUCCUUUUGUUGUUGGCAUUGGGAUGAGCCCCAACUGGUCCCCAGUUGGAAUCCCUACAGGAAUCACAGUCCCAGACUGAACUUAACUGUUCUUCCUGAGCACAAAUGUAAGAUGCACAAGUUUCAGUGCCUAGGAAUGAGGGCACAGGUGAGGCCGCAGGGAUCAAGUUAAGGGAUUCGGGGAGCAUCCUUCCAUCUCUGAAAAGACAGGUGAAGGGAAACCGAGUCAUGCAGUCGUCUUUAUUCUUCUGAUCAGUCAAGUGGGUCUGGUUUGUCAAUCAGAGCAGUGCCACCACUUUUGGUUUGGUGCCAUAUUGGGGAAAAUUAGGAGAAUUAGAGAAGAUGUAUGAUCAGGAUCACUUUUGCUAUUAUAGCUAUUCAUCUACUUUGACAGGGGUGUGUGCUUGGCACGCAUAAUUUUGUACAGUGUCCAUGGGAUUCUGAUUCUAACAGUGUUUAAAUAUAUGUUUUCAGGGCAAGAUAGAAAUUACUAGAAAAGCAAAGAGGAGGGAGGGAUUUUUUGGAGGAUUCCCCUGCAAAGCGAGGUGCUCUAGAGGGAAGGGACUUGUCAGCUCCGUGCUUAAUCAUCAAAGCUCUGGAGUUUGUGCUUAGCUCUUGCUGUAGGCAGUAAGUUCCUGUGCAUAAGUGCCCUGCUGAAUGGGAGCUUGUAUUGCCAAGAAAGUGGGACACAGUGCAGGAAAUUACCUAUGUAGGCAACCGUGAGGGCUAAUCUGAACUAAAUAGGAUACAGCUACCUUUGUUAUGGAGAGCACAAGACAGACCUGGCAACUUGGCUGGAACACAGGCAGAGAAACAAGAGAAUCUUAGCCAUGUGUGCCUCUGCUUUUAUCUCCUGCCCAAAGGCUGUGUGGUAUGACAGGAGGUGUCAUGCCAGUGAAGGCUUUCACUCUUGAAAAUACAGGCUUUGACCCACAGUUGGAUGAGUGGGAACUGUGGUUGGAAAGCAUCGAUGGCAAAGAUCACUAGCAAGUCUAACGUGUCUGCACCUGCCUGAAGCGCCCAGUGUGUCGGUCCAUGGCUGUCUCCAGGAAGGAGGAACGUCCUGGUGAGGUUUGGGCCCUGCUGCUCUAAACUGCUCCCUGGUACUGAAUAACCCCAGAGAGGUGUCACUGCAAGCACCAACACAGCCUAUGAAAAACAGCUUGAUUUGGGGGUGGAGUGCAAGCCUGACUGCUGUAUUCAGGUGGUUUUCAUGUUUUGUAGUCCAAAGGACCCUUGUAACUUCCAUUUUCAUGUUAUUUGCGGGCUGGGGAGUCCUGGGGGAUUGUGGCCGAUCCUUUGGCCUAUGAACCUUUCUUUCAGCUCAUGUGAAAUGGGAAGUUGCUGUUUACAGUCCCAAGUUGUGCACACCUCUGUGGUGUGAGUGAGGAACACCGGGGGAUCUGCAGCUGUAAGUGGAGAGGUACCCUGCCACCCUUCUCCAGGAGCAAUGGAUAUGGCUUUCCUUAUUUAGAGAGAAAACUGGCUGAUCUCCCCUUAGAUGACUUCUUCAUGCAUGGGACCAAGCACGAGGCAUGGUGCUGGGUCCCCGUCAUCUGGGGAGCACCACCUAGGCAGGUAUACUAUGCUACAGUCUUUAAUUACACAGCCACACAUUUUUUUUCCACACUUGAUGCCAAGGGUGGAUGUGAAGAGGUUGAUCGAGGUUGCAUGGAAAACUAAAUCUGGCUUUUCCUCAACUUCAAGUGACUUCUUCCCUACUGAGACGAGCUUGUUAUGAAGGUUGGUAUGUAUUUACAGACAUUCACAGAGAGGCUGAAUAUACUUACAGAAAUAUGCAUGCAGUAACUAGCUUUACAAUAGGAUGUUGAUUUAAUUUUCCUCUUACACAAAUCUCAGAGCAGUUCGUUUAAUUGAGGCUUUCAAAAGCCCUGCAAGGUAGGGUGUUAUUAUGCCUGUUUUAUGCAGGAGGAAGAGAAGCGGGGGGCAAAUCCUGCUGAGAAUAAUACCCUCUUGUAUUCCAGGAAGCUGGUAGUGAGUGAGGACAGGGAAGGACUUGCUGGCACAUAAAGGAGAAUCACAUCAUUUCAGGUGCGUGCCGAACUAAAACCAGUGGAUCCUUGCUAGUGCCAUGUGCUUUGGGGAAAGCAGAGGCGAUCGCAGAGGUGUUCCUUUCCUACCUGCGAGUUUUGGUGGCGGUUGCGCAGGUCCAGGUGCCCACCCGCGGUGGGGGCUGCCUCCUCGGGCAGGCAGGACACGUGCUCCCUUGGAUCAGGGCACCGCUUGGCUUCCUGCUUGUGUGGAGGUUGAGGAACCUGGAUGCUUUCCUACUGGGUUUGGGUAUCAAACCCUCCCUCCUAAUGGGAUACCUGAAGGUGUAGACAGAGGGAGGGGCAGGAACAACCUGUGAGAUAAACUCCAUUGUGUGGGAGGGUGGAGGCUCUCCGAAUGGCCUCAGGAAGGAGUCAGGUGAUGGCAUGUUAUCUCGGAAUAGCUGAGAUACUAACUUUCUCCCUGUCUAAUGAAAAUGAGGAAAGACCCUUUUAAUGUUCCUAGUGAGGGAAAGGCUGUGCUCGGAGCCCUAACCUUACUAGAUGUGCGAGAAUCGACACUGGGGUGAGAUGUUUUGAAUGCCCCAGGUCUAGAAAAAUGUUCAUUUGCAACUCCUGGCUCGUUAGGUGCGACAGAAUCUGCUCUGCAGACAGGGGUUGGUCUCUUCUGGAUGUGAUGCCUAGAGGUGAGAUUAUCCCUCAGUGCUAAAACCUUAAGAAAUCUGUUGAGUGCUGAACUCUUGUGGGCGUGGGGGGUGGUUCUCAAUGGCUGUAAAAUUUUUGGAUUUGAGAUCACUGGUGCCAGCUUUUAUGGUUUAAAGGCUGAGGCUAUUUGAUGCUCUUCUCAAGUCCCCAGCUCCUAGCAUCCUGCUAUCACUGAGGAAUCUCGGCUCUCUUCUUUCUGUAUGUGUGACAUUAUGCCAUUACAUUUCUAGACCUCAUGGUAGUACAGAAAUGCGAGGAAAAAUGCAGUUAGGGUAUUUCACAAACCUGGAAAGUAGAGGCAAAGGAAAGUCACCAAAACCACACUGAAAAGAUCAGGAGCUUGACUUCUGGUAUUUUACUUGUGCAUGCUAUGUUGAAAUAUCUAUCACAUCUUACUAGAUUUUGGUGGAAUCUAACGUGGGUUAACAGUGAAGCUGUGAUGCAAAGGCAAGGGUUUGCCCUGCUUUUGCUACGCAUGCCGUGCUGGCUGGAGGGGAGCUCUCGGAAACUGCUCCAGUCGAAUUCAGUGACAAAGAAAAUGGCUGCGGCAGCUGAGUAGUUCUUCAAAACAUGAUACAAGUGCAGUGUGCCAAGGAUAUUGCUGACAUCCAAGGAGACCAAAGCAAGAAGAUGAGAGCUGCCACGGGGGAUGUAAUAGAAAGCAUUAACACUAGCUGAUGGCAGACCUGGAGAGCAGGAUGCCGUACGGGAGGAAUCUGGCAGGGACGAUGGUGUAGGAGAGCUGGCUUGCCCCCAUGUAUGAGAUAAUACUUGGUCAGCAAUGUGCGUACUAUGUUGCUUGUAACCAUCCCAUUGCCAGCUCUCACACCAGCUUCUCUAAAAGCACCAGAGCUCAGAGGCUCUUACAAAGUUGAUGAAAAAGGGGGAAAACAGAAUAGUUUUCGUGUGUCACUCAAGUGUGGGCUGGAAGAGGAGGAGUUUUCCUGCAUGAGAAUUCUUGGUGAUCCAACUAUUCUCUUCUCUUGCUCAGCCAGAAAGUCAAGCACAUUGAAACUGUUCACAAACUGAAAUACUAUGGGGAAAAUCAAGUUGAGAUAGACAGAAAUUUUGCUUCCUAACCUUAAGCAUUGUUUUAGUUUUGAUGUUCUAUAGGCUUUUAGAAGUAGUAUCUUAAAAGCUGGCAUUAGAAUUUUCAAUCGAUUCAAAAAAUUUCCUAUACAAAAUGAUUCAACAUUUACAUAUUCCAGCCACUCUGAAUUGGAAAACCUUUCCCUUUAAAAACAGAAAGUCACAAACUGACCUUUUCUUGCCAGGAGCACAUUCUAAUAACUUGGCUUUUCUUGUUUAGAAAACAGAAAUAAAAUUAAAAAAAACAAAAAAAAAAAAAA